GGGAGAGUUGGUGCCCUCACCGCCAGUGUAGCCUGUCUCCUGGCUUGUGUGUUUUUCCACCUGUCAGCCUGGGACUGUGCUAGAGGCUGGCCUUGGGUGUCUAACCCUCCCCUCCCUAGAGGAGGCCACCAGAUUUGGGGAGAGGGUGGGGAGCGCUGUGGAAACCCGUUUUUACCUCUGUGGAAUAUGGGGCUGUGGUGAGUUCCAGCCAUUUGCUCAGGGCCUCCCCGGGAGCAGGAAGACAGCCGGAAUCUGAGGAAAUAGUGGAUCAAAGAAACUGCAAAGAGGGCCCAUCUCCACUGAGAGCGCUCGGCCUGGGAGUAAAUGCAGCGCCUGCAGGCCGAGCCCUAUGCGAGACUUUUGCAUACCUGACUAAAAUAAUCCUUAAAACAGGCCUGUGAGGUGAAGAGAUUGCUUUCUGAAGGCUGCGUCGAAGGCCGUGACGGAGCAGGGCUCGUGUAGAGCUGAUGGGGAGGCUUUCUGAAUAAGAUGGCCCUUCGCCCUUAGCCUUGCCAUGACCACAUUUUUCACCAGUGUCCCCCCCUGGAUUCAAGAUGCAAAGCAGGAGGAGGAAGUGGGCUGGAAACUAGUUCCCAGGCCUCGGGGCCGGGAGGCGGAGAGUCAAGUGAAGUGCCAAUGUGAAAUCUCGGGGACACCCUUCUCAAGUGGGGAGAAGCUGAGACCGCACAGCCUCCCGCAUCCAGAGCAGAGACCAUAUAGCUGCCCUCAGCUACACUGUGGCAAGGCUUUUGCCUCCAAGUACAAGCUGUAUAGGCACAUGGCCACCCACUCGGCCCAGAAACCCCACCAGUGCAUGUACUGUGAUAAGAUGUUUCAUCGCAAGGACCAUCUGCGGAAUCACUUGCAGACCCACGACCCCAACAAAGAGGCCCUCCACUGCUCCGAGUGCGGUAAGAAUUACAAUACAAAGCUGGGCUACCGGCGCCACCUGGCCAUGCAUGCUGCCAGCAGCGGUGACCUCAGCUGCAAGGUGUGCCUGCAGACCUUUGAGAGUACCCAGGCCUUGCUGGAGCACCUGAAGGCCCACUCCCGCCGGGUCGCAGGUGGUGCUAAGGAGAAGAAGCACCCCUGUGACCACUGUGACCGGCGCUUCUAUACUCGGAAGGAUGUGCGGCGGCACCUGGUGGUGCACACAGGCCGUAAGGAUUUCCUGUGCCAGUACUGUGCCCAGCGGUUUGGCCGCAAGGACCACCUGACACGCCAUGUCAAGAAGAGCCACUCACAGGAGCUGCUCAAGAUCAAGACGGAGCCAGUGGACAUGUUGGGCCUCCUCAGCUGCAGCUCCACAGUCAGCGUGAAGGAAGAGCUGAGCCCCGUGCUGUGCAUGGCCUCUCGGGACGUGAUGGGGGCCAAGGCCUUCCCUGGCAUGUUGCCCAUGGGCAUGUAUGGCGCCCACAUCCCUACCAUGCCCAGUGCGGGCGUGCCACACUCCCUGGUGCACAACACGCUGCCCAUGGGUAUGAGCUACCCUCUGGAAUCCUCACCCAUCUCUUCCCCAGCUCAGCUCCCUCCAAAAUACCAGCUUGGAUCUACCUCAUACCUGCCCGACAAAUUGCCCAAAGUGGAGGUGGAAAGUUUUCUGGCAGAGCUUCCUGGAAGCCUGUCUCUCUCGUCCGCCGAGCCCCAGCCCGCCUCACCUCAGCCGGCGGCGGCGGCGGCGGCGGCCCUCCUAGAUGAAGCACUGCUCGCCAAGAGCCCCGCCAACCUCUCCGAGGCCCUCUGCGCUGCUAAUGUGGACUUCUCCCACCUGCUGGGCUUUCUUCCCCUCAACCUGCCCCCGUGUAACCCUCCCGGGGCCACAGGAGGCCUGGUCAUGGGCUACUCUCAGGCGGAAGCACAGCCCCUGCUCACCACUUUGCAAGCUCAGCCCCAGGAUUCCCCGGGAGCUGGGGGACCCCUGAACUUCGGGCCUCUGCACUCCUUGCCUCCUGUCUUCACCUCUGGCCUGAGCACCACCACCCUGCCUCGUUUCCACCAAGCAUUCCAGUAGCCCCCCCAGAGGCCCCCCGCUCACUCGGCUCUGUCAGGGAGCUUUAGUACCUACCCCAUCCACCUCCCCUGAGAAGGCAGCUUAGCUUUCAGAGCUGAGUUCACAAAAAAUUCCAGUGUCUGUUUGGAGCACUUGGUUUGGGGGUUCAGGCUCCAGGAUCAAUUCUAGGCAGAGUCUUCAGCCCCAGCCCGUGGAACGAUCUCAGACCAUAGGACUUCAGGUAUGUUUCCUUUUUAAAAAAAAUCUUGAUCUGAAUCGGGAGCCACAAUUGGCCCUCUCCUCCUCAGAACCUCCUCCUCUUUGGAGAAGGGGAAGGCCUCUUGGAGACACAGAGGGUUUCACCUUGGAUGACCUCAAGAGAAAUAGCCCAAGAAGCCCGCCUUCUGGUCCCCACCUGCAGACCCCAGAGCAGUGAAGUUGGUCAGGCCCUGCUGCAGAAGGUUGCUUGGCUCCAUCGCCUGUUUGCAGCCAUCAGGCAGGAGAGAGAGGGCCUCUCUCCUUCCCGACCCCCAGCCCUACUGCACCAACACCUCUGUUUCAGUCAGUGUUGUCCAGCAACGGUACCGUUUACAGUCGCCUCAGACACCAUCUCACCUCCCUCGCCACGCUGUUAGCCUUAGAGUGAUUGCAGUGACACUGUUUACACACCGUGAAUCCAUUCCCACAAGUCCAUUCCAGUCGGCACCAGCCUGAACCGUUUGGUCCCUGGUGUAACCUGGAGUCCUGUUUACAAGGCGGAGUCGGGUCUUGCUGACUUCUCUUCACUUGAGGUCACGUUUUUCCCCUGUGGGGAAAUAAACUGACUUUGGACUGCUUCAGUCUCUGCCAUCUUCCCUGACUGCGUCUGUCCCGGCCUUGCUCGGCCUGCUCGGCAGUGUCCACGGAGACAGGCAAGAGGAUUGGAGCGGCUUUCACAGGUCUGCCAUUCUGCUUUUCUUCGAGUACAUCACGGCCCCUUCUCCUUGUGAACUGGAGAGGGAGGAAACCAGAAGGCACGCCCACAUCCAUCCUCCCCGCCCCCCCCAAUAUCCUGCGCUGUUGAUGCUACAGGGAGGGGGGAGGGGUUGUAGGCCGGUGUGGAUUGCAGAGAGGCUCUGAGCCCCUCCUUGUCUCCCUCUACCCCCUACCAGGAAGUUGUGGAGUUGUUGGAAGAAGAGUUUUCAGAAAGUUAGAAGUUGGCAGAGAGUUGAGUCCUAAUCCGUGGGUUCAUCGUUGUCUCCCAUGCGGACAUGUUUCUUAUUCGCGAUGUCCCUCCUGUCGCCUCCAUUUUGCAGUCCCCAUGGACUCGGAGCCACCGCAUAGGCUUCUCUGUUCUCCAACAAAGAACCUCCACCACCUUCCUGUGCUCCCCCCUCCUCAGUUUUGCCCCCAGUGCCCAGCAGGGUUCCUAGCAACAAAUGAUGAGUUCUCUCUUGACAUGUGGGGCUCCCUGCUGCACACGGCACAGCCCUUGCCAGAACCCAGCCGGAUCCCAUCCCCACCUCAUCUCAGUUCUGCGUGGGCUCUUCCCACCCUGGAAGGGAGGCAGCUCAGGGACCACCACUGUGGGACCUCUUGAGACACCUCCACUCUGAUUCAGAAACACACUUCUACCUCUUUACUGUUAACUCCGGCACUUGGCAGCUGGCAGUUUCAGGGCGCUUGCGUCAGUGGUGCCUGCUGCUGGCUUCUCCACUCGAGUUUCAGGACAAACUCCCAAGGAACUGCCUCAGACUCCCACCCGUUCCCUCAAAGCCCCGGCCCUGCCUUCUAUCUGUACUCCCUUUGGUUUAUCGUCAGGAACUGAGCAGGUCCAAGACCCAGGCUUCUGCUGCAGCCCAGGCCAGCACCCUUGUUAGAGGUGAAAGCCUUAAAGUUCAGCUCCGUGGCCCCUGAUUGGAAGCUAGAUGGAGUGAACGAGUGUGUUUUGAUUUAGGCAAGGUAGCUUGGGAUACCUGCACAAGAACAAAACCAGAUAUCAAAAUGUCUGGCAAAGUUAGAAUCAGACUAGGCGAUUUGCUUCUAAAAAUUAGUUUCAGUUGAGUCCCAGGGACUAAUUAAGGUUUAUUUAAAAAGCGCCUGUUUGGGGACGCAGCCUCCUGCAUGCUGUGCAUGUCGUCGGGACUCCUGUUAGAGGAACUGGUCUGUGAGAGCCUGCGGGGGCUUGCCGCUGCUGCUCCGUGGCCAGCCUGCACGAGAGCCAGCAGCCCUCCCUGCGCCCUGUCUGUGAGGCACAGGGACCUCUGGCUGCAGAGUGUAAAGUCCUGGGCUGUUAGAGGAAUCCGUCCUCUGCCCUUUCCUGCCGCUUUCCCGAAUUCUCCCCUCUCGCUACGCUGAUGUUGGGAAACCCAGGACGGACAAAGCGGCCGUUUAAGAUCUUGUAACGGGCCUGGCCCCGCCUCGCGGCUUUUCUCCUUGCUUCCCUGACUCCCGUCUCCCUUCAUCCUGGUUCUCCUUUCUCUUCUCUCAGUGCCCUCACAACCCACAAAACAUUUUUCUUGUCACUGUGAACUUCGCUGGUGCAGAGGAAUAUUGUCUGCCUUCGCCUUUUUUCUUUUUCUUAGCCACUCAGCUGUUUCUUAAACCUUCCCAAAAUUAUAUUAAAAAAAAAAAAAAAAAAAGCCUUACGGCCCAGUGGUUUAAAGGAUAGGAGUAGCUCUAUCCGACUCAGUCCCAGAUUUCAGUACUCGUCCUGAGGAUGUGAGAGCCUGAGGGGCAUCUGCCCAGGACGGGGGCCAUGGCAUGUGGCACAGACCAAUCAGGGACCAGAAAAAAAGGAGUGAUGUCCCCUUUCCCCGAUGCCUCCCUCAGCUUCUGUCCUGAACAGGGGCAGGUCCCUCCCACCCUGCACGGUGGCUGGGCAGGCCCUGUGCCCAGGUGACAGCUCAGAGGAUUGCUGCACCACCUGAAGGAGGCAGGAGGCAGGGAAAGGAGCCCGAUGAGUUUUUCCCCCAGCCUUGACGAAUGGCAUUUUGUUCAUGGAAAUCCGGGAAGCAGGUGUGAUUACUUUUUUGCUCGUAGAUAUUGUCCUAAGUUGAAAGUCUCCCAGUGCCCUAAACUUUGCCUAGUAGUCCUUUAAAUCCCCUUUCCCUUUUUGUAGCUGUUUUCUCCACCCCACUCACCUUCCUUAUCUAGGAGCUAUUUUUAAGCACGAUUUUUUUAACAGGUUAUAUUGUACAGGAUCAAUAUUUUGCUUUUUAACAAGGAUAUUUAUGUAAUAAGAAACUUUGCCUUAGGCAGGUGUUGGCCAGAAAAGUCCAGAUUCCUCUGGGACCCUACCCUGGCCUCUCCUGGAUCUCUGAACCUGCUGUGGAAGGAAUUGGCUGUGACCUUGAGCACUGGAGAGGAGGGUCUGGCCAGGGAAAGGGGUGUUCUCCAUGGAGGUGUCGUCCAGCGCCGCCCCGGCAGUGCCUGCUGGCUUCCUGAGCGGAGCCCCCAGCGGCCCCCUCCGUCUGCCUGUUCGGCACUGGGGCUCCCGAAACACUUCUCCUCCCUGCCUCCCAGCGGCCAAGGCUUUGGAGCCGCUCUUCCGUAACGCCAGAUUAUUUAAAGAGAAAAAUACAAGACAAAAACCUUCUAGCACUUUGUAAACACAGCGAAUAACCUCUUGGAGUAUUUUUGGCUUUAUAUAAAACAAGGUUUUUAAUUGUAAAAUAUAAGUGCCAUUAGAAAAUGCACAGGGCAUAUCUUUGUUAAAGUAGAUUUUUCAAUGUUUUACAGAAUUACAUUUUCAAAAAAAAGUUUUUAUAAUGAAGUUGUUUAUUAAAAACUUCUGAAUGAUGUGUUUGGAA